AUGUCUUCGCUCAAGGCGAAGCCACUGCUAAAGUUUGCUGGCAAUGCUGCUUCGCUUGCACCCGAGGGCCUCGAGCUUGUGCGUGAAUUGGGAGGACAUAUCUGCCCUAUAAUUUUUGUGGGAGAUGGCCGCAGUGGAAAGUCCUACCUUGCUUCUUGUUUGGUUGACGCAGAGGAUGCCUUCGUCUCUAGCGACUCUGCGGAGUCGGUCACGGAAGGGAUCGAUGUCCUGGCAGUCCCGGUCAGCAAGAUCUCCGACAAGGGGUUUGGUGAGCAAGACGAACACUUGCUGGUAAUGGACUGCGAGGGCGGCAACAAUGCCAUGGCUGCGAUCCGAACCUUGGUGAAUGUCUUCGGCUUGUUGCUUGGGAGCCAGGUGGUUUUUGUGGCAAACGGCAUGGCUACCGAGCAGGCAUUGCAGACACUGGGCAUGUCAUUGGCUGCGCGCUCUCUGGUGCGGUUGGAAGAAGGCACACAACUGCCCACCCAGGAGUUGGUGUUUGUGGUCAACAAGAACACUCUUCGCUAUGAGGGCUCUGCAUUAGAGAAGAUAUUGAAGCAAAAGUUCGACGACCCAGGUCGCCAGGAGCUUCGGGACACCGUCAGGGAGUGUUUCCCCUCAAGAAGCUUCUUCACGGUUCCGUUGAUGGGGAUGCCCUCCUUCAGCGAAAGUGUGAGGAGCGUGAGAGAACACUUGGUCUAA